AUAGUUGUCACACCUUUCUUCCAAGCAGGUGCCUCUGGGCGGACUCGAACCUCAAAACUUUCAAGCGCCGUUUGCACCACACAGGGACUCCUCAGCUAGUAAACUAUCUGCAAAAUCCAGGAGAAUAACUCUGGAAGCCAGCUGCUGUGACUGGCUUACCUGCCCAGCGUGCUUGUCCUCCGCCAAGGUGCAAGAUUCAACCUCUGGGGCCUUUCCUGACAGUAGGCAAGGAUAAGUUAUUAACAGCAAAGGAACAGCUAUAAAAUAAUACAACGAAACAAAUGUUUAUAACCAUUUCUAAAAGCGCUUCACGUACGUUCCAACUCUUUUAAUUUUGGAGUUAAGGUAGCCAGUGGACAGUUCCGGCAGUUCGCUAGAUACCCGCCGGUCCAGGUUGGCAUGCACGGGCCUAUAGCACGUCCCGGUCUCGGAGGGUUGGGGUAGGGAAUCCCAGGUUCGGACACGCGGGUGUGUGACGCGAGCGCGGGGCGGGUAUGUGACGCGACCGCGGGGCGGGGCUCCCAGGUCAGGCGGCGGGCCUGUGACUUGAGGCUGAUGAAACCGGCUCGAGCGGCCUCCCGCGCUUCAUUCUCCGCGCGGGCAGGUGCGAGCUGCCGACCGACUGCCGGGCGGGCACGGGCGCAGGGCGCGCGGGCAGCUGGCAUCCGCUAACAGCACCUUCCACUCCUGCUCAUAGCGCAGCGCGCUCCGCCACCCGCAUCUCUAUCCGAGUGUCCGUCCGUCCGUCCAUCUGUCCGCCCGCGGUCCUCCACGCAUCCCAACGGCUCGACCCUCUCCUUGAAGGAGCUGGCCUUGAGAGUGACUUCAGCGGGCAGCCGCCCAGCCAGCGCUCGCCUACCCGCUGGGCCCACACAACUCCUAACCUGCAGAGCCAGCACUGGAGGUCCGCUCUUCAAAGCAGCUGUUUGAAGUGCAAACAUUUCCUUUCCUGAAAAUAAGGGAAAUUGAAAUUAAAACUUAUUGUUCUGUGCAGACAAUGUUCCCUUGGAUCAAAGACGGGAGAGGGGCUUAUAAAGGGAGAUUCGCAAUGUAGACCUGGAGGAGGCGAACGGUGUAGGUGUGACUGUGCUUAUACACAGCACCAUUGGCUGCGGUGCUCUGAGUUUGGAGCCUGAAGCCACCGGCUUACCUCUCCUGACACGUCUUUGCCUUAAGACCCAGGUGAUCCUCAGGUGACGAAGCUUUGAGUCCUCACCUCACAGCCCAGAUUUGAGCCGCAACAUGGGGUCCAAAAGGUUAUGCAGCCUUGGCCAGCAGAUGCUGCGCCGGAAGGUGGUGGACUGUAGCCGGGAGGAGAGCCGGCUGUCCCGCUGCCUCAACACCUUUGACCUGGUGGCUCUCGGUGUGGGGAGCACGCUGGGCGCCGGCGUCUACGUCCUGGCCGGGGCUGUGGCCCGCGAGGACGCCGGCCCCGCCAUUGUCAUCUCCUUCCUCAUCGCUGCGCUGGCCUCCGUGCUGGCCGGCCUGUGCUACGGCGAGUUUGGCGCUCGGGUGCCCAAGACGGGCUCGGCCUACCUCUACAGCUACGUCACCGUGGGCGAGCUCUGGGCCUUCAUCACGGGCUGGAACUUAAUCCUGUCCUACAUCAUCGGUACGUCGAGUGUGGCCAGGGCCUGGAGUGCGACAUUUGAUGAGCUGAUAGGGAGACCCAUCGGGGAGUUCUCGCGGACACAUAUGGCCCUGAAUGCCCCUGGGGUGCUGGCCGAAAACCCCGACAUAUUUGCUGUGAUUAUCAUUCUCAUUUUAACAGGACUUUUAACAUUUGGUGUGAAAGAGUCAGCCAUGGUCAACAAAAUAUUCACAUGUGUCAAUGUACUGGUCCUGGGCUUCAUAAUGGUGUCGGGAUUCGUGAAGGGAUCAAUCAAAAACUGGCAGCUGUCGGAGGAGGAUUUCCAGAAUGCAUCUGGUCAUCUCUGUUUGAACAAUGGCACAAAAGAAGGGAAGCCUGGCGCUGGGGGGUUCAUGCCCUUCGGAUUCUCGGGCGUGCUCUCAGGGGCAGCGACGUGCUUCUAUGCCUUUGUGGGCUUUGACUGCAUCGCCACCACAGGUGAAGAAGUGAAGAACCCCCAGAAGGCCAUCCCAGUGGGCAUUGUGGCCUCACUUCUUAUCUGCUUCAUUGCCUACUUCGGGGUAUCCGCCGCCCUCACGCUCAUGAUGCCCUACUUCUGCCUGGACAAGGACAGCCCCCUGCCGGACGCCUUCAAACAUGUGGGCUGGGAAGGGGCCAAGUACGCCGUGGCCGUCGGGUCCCUCUGUGCUCUGUCGACCAGUCUUUUAGGCUCCAUGUUUCCCAUGCCUCGCGUCAUUUAUGCCAUGGCUGAAGAUGGACUACUGUUUAAAUUUUUGGCCAAAAUCAAUGAGCGAACCAAAACACCAAUAAUCGCCACGUUAACCUCAGGUGCCAUUGCUGCUGGGAUGGCCUUCCUAUUUGACCUGAAGGACUUGGUGGACCUCAUGUCCAUUGGAACUCUCCUGGCUUACUCUUUGGUGGCUGCCUGUGUGCUGGUCUUACGGUAUCAGCCAGAGCAACCGAACUUAGUCUACCAGAUGGCCAGAACCACAGACGAAUUAGAUCAAGUGGAUCAGAAUGGACUGGUGAGCACCAGUGAUUCCCAGAUGGGCUUUUUACCAGAAGCGGAGACAUUUUCUUUGAAAACCGUACUGUCACCAAGAAACAUGGAGCCUUCCAAAGUCUCUGGGCUGAUUGUGAACAUUUCAGCCAGCCUCAUAGCGAUUCUCAUCAUCGCCUUUUGCCUCGUGGCUGUGCUGGCGAAAGAGGCUCUGGCAGCCAGCGAACUGUGGGCCAUCUUCCUGCUGGCGGUGUCUAUCCUCCUCUGCUUGGUGGUCACUGUCGUCAUCUGGAGGCAGCCUGAGAGCAAGACUAAGCUCUCGUUUAAGGUGCCCUUCCUGCCGGUGCUCCCCAUCCUGAGCAUCUUCGUCAACGUGUAUCUCAUGAUGCAGCUGGACCAAGGCACGUGGGUGCGCUUCGCAGUGUGGAUGUUGAUAGGCUUUGCCAUCUACUUCGGCUACGGCCUCCGUCACAGCGAGGAGGCGUCCCUGGCUGCAGGCCAGGCGAGGACUCCCGACGGCAACCUGGAACACUGCAAGUGACGGCACAGCACUCCGGCCCAGGAGGCAGCAGCCAUCGGGACCCUGCGGAGGCCUGGGAUGUGCCCUUCCUCUCUCUGCCAAUGCGACAGGAAACACCCCCUACAGAGAGCCAACCCCCAGCACAGCCCACAGUGCAGUUACUAGAACUACAGCCUCAGCUCACUGCACGUGCUCCCUGCGCAGGCCUGCAAGGCCCCAGUCACUGCCAGGCAGCUCCAGGCCACUCGGCUGUGGCUGCCUUGCCGCGUCUCCUCACCUCCCUCUGCAAAGAGAAGGCCGCUCUGCUCCUCUCCUCUUCUCUCCUCGCCAGCUCACUGCAGAAGGGGGCCACCUCCUCCCAGUGACCUCUCCCCAGGGUCUGAUAUUGAAAACAAACAUGCAUACUCCAAACUUCCAAUACCCAUCUCCCUGCUCAGCCCCAGUCAGCUGGCCUGAGAUGCAAGAUGGGUUCCCCUCACGGCCGGACUGCCGUGGUUUACUUCACGAAGGCAGAUAAGGCCGUCCUUCCUGCUGCUGCUCCUGCUGCAUAGUGACUGCCCGACGGGGCUGUUUGAAGGCCUGGUUCUGGGACGGUGACCCCAGCUGUUAGUUCCCCCUUCCCGGAAGGGGCUUUGUUUUGACACUGUGACAGGCCCUGCACGACACCUGGGGCACUGCAGCUGUGUCGGGCGUGGUGGUCAGUCUGGACAGGGGUGGGGCAGCUCUCAGUGGGAGCUCAGUGCUCACUCCACUCGUGUGUGACCCGCAACGCACCUGUGUGUGCACAAGGUGACCUUGUGCUCCAUUCUCUAAAGGCCUAGCUGUUCCAGCCGCUCCGGGUUCUCACCGCAGCCGUGUCCUGAGUAACUGGGACAAGAGACUGGAUUUGUAAGACUGGCCUCACACUGACAGAGCUUAGAACUUCGUUCUCUGUGGCUCUUUGCCAUUCACUAAUCUCAUCCUCCAGUGCUCGUGGUCAGUCUUUUGAGUCUUGUAAGGUUCUUGAGGCAGGCAUUGGCCCGCGCCAAAGUGAGGGCGGCCAGUCCUCCAGGCCCCUGUGGCCCGUGACGCCAUCUGCCUGGUGUCAUCACGUGGCAUUCUCCUAUGAGUUGCUGUGAAUCACUCCGCCAAAUUAAGUCAGGGCUUAACGUAACGUGGACGGUGGCCAUAUAAUUCCCCUGUAACAUGGGCGUGCUGUUCAGGGCGUGUGGUCCCGCACGGCGGGUGCCUGGCCUUGUGUUGACAGUCUGGUGGCUUUGUGGUCCACAUGCUGCAUGCUUAUAUAUGCUGAUGAAAUGUUGGCUCUGGCGUAACCUUCGCGCUUCACAAGGCCGAGCAGCCACCUGACCAGCUGGGCCUCGGAAGUCGCUCCCUGGGCACUGCACACACACUGCCCUCUGCCCGGCCCUCCUCUCCAAGCACGGGCGGGGCGCACGGUCGAGGACAGACACCAUCGCACACACUCCUCAUAGAUGACCGCUGGCUGAGCCUCAAUUCCACAUAGAGUUCGAUUAAGGAGACAGGGCAGGCCCUUCAUGUCGGUCAGCAGUUUGGAAAACGUGGAAAACGUCAAUGCUACUUUCCAGGCCGUUUUCCAUUUUUCCCCAGCUGACCUUCAACAUGAAUCUGGUAGAAAAAAGCCUGAUAAAUUGAUGGCACUUUCCUUCCCCCCUCUCUGUGCCCCAGAAGGCUCUUGGAGAGAAAUGGCCAACAGACUGAGUGAGCCUUCUGGAAGCCCAGUGGAGGGAGGCGGCAGGACUCCUCUCAGAAGGGGCUGGGGGCAGCCUCCUUCCAGGCACUAAAUCCCACUAGUUGAAUGUUCCAGAGAGUAUCAUAAGAGCCCAAAGCUUGGAUUUCCAAAGAAAGUAUUUAAAUUUCUGUAGAUUGGUGCUGUAAAAUAUUUUGAUAAAUAUUAACUUAUUUUGUUGGGGUUUCGGUUGUCUGCUGUCUUCCUGGGACCCGUGAGCUCUUUGUUUGCUGUAUUUUUCUGUUAUCUCUCUACGUGGGCAAAGAGAACCUGAGGGAGGGAGGGUAUCCAACAAAGGUGGGAGGGGAGAGAAGAUUUUUCUUUUUACUUUAAUUCUCUUUGUGCAAGACAUCACCCAACAGAAUAUACGUUUGACAGUUGACAUUUGACAAAGGAUGUGCUUUCACCUAAAAUGUCUCACCCCAGAGUACUGGGACAAGUGUGGGUCUCUUCUCCUUUCUUCACCCCGAAGCCUUAAAGUUGUAGAUGGAAGUACCCCCAGGCUCAGUAGGAGUGGAGAGCCCUGCCCCUCCCGCGGAGGCAGGGGCCUCUGCUUUAGAAUGGGACACCCAGGGUGAAUGGCAGAAGUGGUUCCUGCAGUCGCUGGACUGCUUAGUAAGGGGGUUUUGUACAGUUGCCAGGUGUUUCUCUUCUUGUAUAUAAAGAUAGUGAUGUAAGGUAUGGUGUUUGGGUUAGGCCUCAAAAUUCUAAUAGACUUUUCCUUAUACGUCCCUCACUCCCCUGAAAUAUACACAUUCACACAUUCACACAUUCACACACACACACA